GGCCCGGCAGGCGCGGGGCUGCUACGCAUGCGCCCGGGUGGYGUCGCCUCUUCCGCCCUGUCUGUCACUUCACGGCUGGUGCCGCUGCGCCGGGGAGCGGCCCCGGGGCCGCCCUUUCCUCCCGUUGCCCUCCGUUUCCCGGAGGGAAGGGCCGUUCAACCUUGUCAGCUAGGGCUCCGGCUGCCGUCCAGCGGCCGUGCCCGCGCCCUCAUGGAGGAGCCGCUGGCGCUGCAUCCCGUGAAGCUCUAUGUGUACGACCUGUCCAAGGGCAUGGCCCGUCGCCUGAGCCCCCUCAUGCUGGGGAAACAGCUGGAUGGCAUCUGGCACACCUCCAUAAUAGUCCAUAAGGAUGAAUUCUUCUAUGGCAGUGGAGGAAUCUCCAGCUGUGCACCUGGAGGGACACUUCUUGGCCCUCCAGACACAGUUGUUGAUCUGGGGAACACUGAAGUGACUGAAGAAAUUUUUCUGGAAUACCUUUCCUCUUUGGGGGAAUCUAUGUUCCGAGGAGAGUCUUACAACCUCUUUGAACAUAACUGCAACACCUUCAGUAAUGAAGUGGCACAGUUUCUGACAGGAAAAAAAAUCCCUUCCUACAUCACUGACCUUCCAUCUGAAGUUCUUGCCACACCUUUUGGACAAGCUUUAAGGCCCCUCCUGGACUCCAUCCAGAUCCAGCCACCGGGAGGAAAUACCUUCAGCAGACAUAAUGGACAGAGCUAACCGGAGUGACCCAGUGUGACCAGCCUCACCAGGCCUCUUCCUUUUUAAACAUGAAUCUACCAGAUUUCUAUUUUAUAAUUGCCCAUGAGAAUUAACUCUUUAAGAAGUUGCAAGACAAGUUUUAAAAUUUCCUAGGGAGAGGAUUUAUCAGGGUGCAUGUAAGACAAUGCUACCAAAAAUAUUGCCAUAAUUUCUAAUAGUAUUAUACUAAUUUAUAAAGGCUGUCUGAUCCAAGUAGGCUGACACUUUCUAUGUAACUCCUGUGCUGGUAAGUGGAAAUUCAUUCCAUGAACAUUCAAGGGCCCAUUACACACCAUGAAGUAAAUAAGGAUGUCCUAGGCAUCCCUUACAGACUUGCAUCUCUUUUUCCUGUCACUGCCUCUGYUAUGGGGGUAUUUGCUGAAAUCUGUAGCAAAAAAAGCAGAGCAAGUAUUGGUAGCCUAGGAAGUGAAGGUGUCCCAAGAUUAGUCUGUAUUUCACUGACAUUUGCUCAGGGGAAGAGCUGAACUCAUCUUAUUAUCUGAUUAGAAUAUUUGCAGUGGCACAGAUGUAUGGGAAAGGUGAUGAAGCUGAACCAUGUGUCAGUGUCACACUCAGAAGUGGAAACUCAGUGAGACUUGCUGUGGUGGGUGGGAGCCUGGAGCUGACGGUUACCAAGAGCCUUGUAAUGCCAGAUCCAAGACUUACGGGAAAGAGAACAGCCAAAUGAG